AUAAGGUGACGAAAAAGAUAGAGGAAAAUAACGUUAGAGAAAAAAACGGUGGGCAGAGAGCUAACGGCGGAACAGAAGUUGGAGUUGGUGGUUUUUCUCUGGACUUUCUCGCUACUGCUGCGACCGCGGAAUAAGUAUUACCGGGGAAGCUUACCAGAGAGCUUAGAUAUAGAGAGGGUUCACUCGCGACCGGCGGGAAAACUCGUCGGUUAGAGUUAUCUUUCGUAAUGGGAUGCUACGAAACAACAUGGCACAAAGCGAUCGUUUGAGGCAAGGCGGGCAAUUUUGCUCUGCAAUAAACUGUAAAAACGCCAGAUUUAAAUCAACCUCAAAAGAAAAACUUUUCCACAAUUUCCCAAAGGACGAAGAGAGGUAACUUCUUCAAGAAAGCGACCAAUGGACAGAAUAUCCAAACCUACCUCUGCAAAGCAGCCCAGGAUUUCACAGAAAGCUGUAGUCUUGCAUGAAGAACAAGCAGAUAUUGCAGUUGAGCCUUCAUGCUCUAUAACUGUGCCAGAUUCUCCUACAAAAGCUGAAUUAAAGAUGGAGAUCACAAAUCUUAAAGAAAAACUCAGCAGCCUGAUGGAAGAGCUUGAAAAGAAGGAAACAAAAAAGCGUAGCAGAAACAGAAGGAGCCAAAAGAAAGCAAAAAAAGCUACCAUUUUAAAACAACUGUCUACCAUUCUUCCAUCUGAGAGCAUGACAUUUUUUACAUCACAGUUAAGAGAAAAUAAUAAGAGCAAGAAUGGAUAUAGAUGGACAGAGAAUGACAAAGUAACAGCUCUCUCUUUGCUUCAUACAAGUCUGAAGGCCUAUCGUUUGCUGAAGAAAAUUUUUUUGCUCCCUUCUGUAUCAACAUUGAAGAGGACGAUGCAAAAAAUCAAGAUUUACCCAGGAUUUAGUGAAAAAAUAUUAGAAGGACUCAAGGUGAAAAUAGCUGCAUAUCCUCCAAACUCAAAUCUGUGUGCUCUACUGAUAGAUGAAAUGACUAUUAAAGAACAAGUUAAAUAUAAUGAAGAAAAAAAUGAAGUAGAAGGCUUUGAAGACUUCGGGAGUGACUCAAGAACACACCUCAUAGCCAAUCAUGCUACAGUGUUUAUGUUGAGAGGAUUGAUAUCUUCCUGGAAACAGCCAAUUGGCUAUUUUCUCUCAAGUGGACCAAUGCCCAGUGAAAGGCAGUUUGACCUGAUCAAAGAAUGUGUGAAUAAAGUGCAGGGUGCUGGUUUGAAGGUGAAGGUGAUCAUAGCAGACCAGGGGGCAAACAAUAGAAAAACAUUUGAAAAGCAGUUUAAUAUAUCAGAAAGCCAUCCAUUCUUAUUACAUAAUAACGGGAAGAUCUUUUUCAUGUAUGAUCCCCCACAUCUUCUAAAAAACAUACGUAACAAUUUAAAGAAGCAUGGUUUUCUUGUGAAUGGCAGUUUGUGCUCUUGGGAACAUGUGGAAAACUUUUUCAAGUUUGACAAACAAAAUUCUGUGCGAAUGGCACCAAAGUUAACUGAAAAACACAUGAUCCUUCCCCCUUUCAGUAAAAUGAAUGUUUUGUUGGCUGCACAGGUUCUGUCUCACUCAGUUGCAGCUGGGAUAUCAACAUUAGUGCAGUUUGGAACACUUCCUGGUGCUGCUAAACAAACAGCACUAUUUAUUGAACGCUUUGACCAGUUGUUUAAUGCAUUUAACAGCAGCAGACUCAGUUCAGGAAGACAGAUGGGUCAUGCAAUGUCACGAUCAUCUGGGCAUAAAGAGUUUUUCUGUGACACUUUGCAAUGGUUGCGCACUGUUGAAACACCCUCAUCCAAUGCACUACCUUGUCUGACAGGGUGGAAGAUGACUGUGCAGGCUCUGCUUGAGCUUUUUGAUGAGCUUCAGACAAAUCAUGGUAUUUCAUUCCUUCUUACAGAUAGACUGAAUCAAGACUGCUUAGAAAACUUUUUUCUUGCAUUCGGGGAAAAGGGGGACAUCUACAUAAUCCCACUGCAGAACAGUUUAGAUUAUUCUUCCGUCAGCUCAUGAUUGAGAACCUGUUUCAUCACAGUCGUGGAAGUAAUUGCCAGAAGGACAAUGACAGCUCUUUAUUGACUCUGACAUCUGUGACCGC